AUCACAAAAGAUACAAUUAUUAUGAUAAUGGUGACAGCUUUUGUUGUCCUCUUAUUUACUUUCGUGGACGUGAUUUGGAGAUUCUUCAAAAAGAAUCCUUGGGUAUAUUUUAUUAUUAUAGGAGUCGGUCUCUUUGUGUUACUCCUCUUCGUAUUCGUGUCAAAUAUUCGAUCACAACCAAUUGGUGUCUAUGUCAUGCUUUCAAUUACA